GAAGGAGCCCGAAUUUUCCCUCUGGCGACGCUGCAUCCCCAGAGAGGCAGGCGACUGGUGGGUGGCGGUGGCCUCCCCUUUCGCUUUUCCUUUCUUUCUCGGCCCCCUCCAGCUGCGGUGUCCCAAAGAUGCAUUUGAAAGGUCCAGCCUCUUACUGCCAUCACAAUGGAAGAUCAGCCAGCUGGUAAUGCAGAGCUCAUACAACAAGCGCAGUCAGCAGCCAGUCAGCCGUCCUUUGUUAACUUGCUGAAAGUCCACAGAGAGCUGCUCGUUGGCCGAGUCCAGAAUACUCAGUGUUUGAUUGACAACUUGCUAAAGAACGAGUAUUUCUCAACUGAAGAUGCAGAGAUUGCCAGCCAGUAUCCUACGCAAGCAGACAAGGUUCGCAAAAUUCUGGAUUUAGCCCAGAGCAAAGGAGAGGAAGUCGCAGAGUAUUGCAUCUAUGUCCUCCAGCAAGUUGCUGACGCUUACUAUGAGCUACAUCCAUGGCUAGAAGAGAUUGGGUUUUGCCCUUCAGAGGUCAUUUGUAAUAAACCCGUGGAAAAUACUGACCCAGUCAGCAGGUAUCAUCAGAAGCUGAAAGAUGAAUUGGGCCGAGACACAAAGUUCAUCAUGUCGUAUGCCCAAAAGGAUGAUAGGCUGCUUGAGGAAACUUAUGCUGCCAACAUUAUGGAGUUCAUCAAACAGAAUAAUGAGAAACUCGGUAGUGUGAAUAGCCUGGAAGAUCUGCUUAGUGAUGACAUUGGACUAAUUAAUGAAGAAGGGGAGACAAUCUAUGUCUUUGGUGAUGCAGGGAUUGGGAAAUCAAUUUUGUUGCAAAAGAUGCAAAAUCUCUGGUCCAAGGGCGAAUUCAACAUUGGGGCCAAAUUCUUUUUCCGUUUCCGGUGCCGAAUGUUCAGCUGCUUUAAGAAGGAUGAAGCAAUAUGUUUGAAAGACCUCCUCUUCAAAUAUAAUUGCUUCCCAGACCAGGACCCAGAUGAGGUCUUCGAUUUCAUUGUGAAAUUCCCUCACACGGUCCUGUUCACGUUUGAUGGCUUUGAUGAGAUCCAUUCAGACUUUGACGUCAGCAGCAUUCCUGAGAUCUGCUCUCCCAAUGAAUCCAUACACCCUCUUGCUCUGCUGGUAGGCAUCCUCAGUGGGAAGCUCCUGAAGGGGUCCCGGAAAAUCCUGACAGCAAGGACUGGGACAGAAGUUCACCAAAGUGUUGUCAGGAAAAAGGUACAUCUUCAAGGGUUUUCUAGCAUUAACCUGAAAGAAUAUACCAAAAUGUUCUUCAAAGAUGAAGCGCAACGGACUUUGGUUCUCAACCAGUUGGAAGCCAACCCAAAUCUGAGUAGUUUAUGCUCAGUGCCUUUAUUUUGCUGGAUCAUCUUCAGAUGCUUUGAUCAUUUCCACUCUGAGUUUGACACCCAUGAACUCCCAGAUGUCACCCUCACCUUAACUGAUAUUUUCUUGCUCAUGACUGAAGUCCAUUUGAACCGAGCUCAGAAAACAAACUUACUGAAGAAGAACAACCAGAGCCAAGUGGAGACAUACAGGUCCAGCAAAGAGACAUUGUUUGCACUGAGUAAAAUAGCACACGGGGGGAUGCAGAAGUCUCGCUUUGUCUUUGAUCAAGAUGAUGACAUGGCUGAGUUGUCUGAGCAGGAUUUGCACUUGGGUUUCCUCAGGCCAGUUCCUCACUAUGAAGCAGACGGUGGAGACCAGUCUUCCUAUGAAUUCCUCCACUUGAUCUUACAGUCCUUCUUCACAGCAUUUUUCCUGGUCACAGAAGAGAAAGUGGGUGCAAAGGAACUGCUGCGGUUCUUUGCCGAAUGCUCCCCUCAAGAUACCACCCUGUCCUCUUGCUUUCCAAUUGCCUGGUUGAAGAAUCACCAUCCAACAGGAGAGGAUCCUUUCCGGAAUAACGAGCACUUCCAUUUUACCAAUCUCUUCCUCUGUGGUCUGCUUUCCAAGGGAAGGCACAAACUCAUGAGGCAUUUGGUUUCCCCAGCAUCCCUUAAGAAGAAAAGGAAGGUGCUGCUUUCUUUUUUCUUUGAAAGCAUGAAGUACCACCUAAAGGGCCUCACCCGGGCGAGACUGAAGGAGUACAAGCAGCUUCAAGUUAAGCCCAAUUUUGUUUGGAUGCUGAGGUGCAUCUAUGAAACUCAGAGUGAGAAAAUUGGUAAAGGGGUUGCCAAGAACAUGAGUGCCAACUAUAUCAAACUGACCUACUGCAAUGCCUAUUCUGCCGACUGCAGCGCCAUCUCCUUUGUCAUGAACCAUUUCCAGAAGCAGCUGGCUCUUGACCUGGACAACAACAACAUCAAUGAUUAUGGAAUAAAGCAGCUGUUGCCUUGUUUUAGGAAGCUGACAGUACUUAGGCUAAGCGUUAACCAGAUUACAGACCAAGGAAUAAGAGUGCUUUAUGAAGAACUGUCCAAAUACAAAAUCAUCACUUAUUUGGGCUUGUAUAACAACCAAAUUACUGACAUUGGAGCCAAAUAUGUUGCAAGACUCAUUGAGGAAUGUCCAAGCCUCACAUAUGUCAAAAUAGGAGCAAACAAAAUAACAACUGAAGGUGGGAAAAGCCUUGCUUAUGCCAUCCAGAAGAGUAAAACCAUGUAUGAAAUUGGGAUGUGGGGAAAUCAGGUUGGGGACGAAGGAGCCAAGGCAUUUGCAGAAGCACUGAGGAAUCACCCCACUAUAACGAAUGUUAGUCUUGCAUUUAACGGCAUCACAACGGAAGGGGGCAAAAGCAUUGCGGAAGCGAUGAAGCACAACAGCACCGUGAAUAUAUUUUGGCUAACAAAGAACGAGUUGGAUGACGAAGCGGCCGAGUGCUUUGCCGAGAUGAUAAAGGUCAACAAGAGACUGGGUCAUCUGUGGCUUAUCCAGAAUCAGAUUACUGCCAGAGGAGCCAAGUGCCUGGCUGAUGCUCUCCAGGACAAUACAGCUCUGAAAGAAAUCUGCUUAAACGGAAACCCAAUAAGCCAAGAGGAGGCGAAAGCCUUUGAAAGUGAAAAGAGGCUCAUUUGCUUUUGAGAAACUCCUUUCCGGGUUGGACACUUGUCAGUAUGCCCGGGCUGCUACAGCACUUGCUGAAACCGGAACAACUCCCAAGGAACCUCCCAGAUGUGAUGAGUGAUUGACGAGAAGGUAGUAGAAGUACGCCUUUGUUGUGCUUCAACAGUCAUAUCUCUCCUUGCUGCUGUUUUUACACCCUGGGACAGACGCUGGAAGGAGGAAGUUGCCUUGGGAAUUAACCAUGAGCUCCCUCCUUUGAAGAAGAGGAAACUUGCAUGACACUUGUUGGAACUACUUUUGCAGGUGCGAACAUUGUACACUUCCAAUUAAAGAAUUUUGAGUCCCAAAA